CAUUACAUUCAUUACAACUCAGUGAGUAACAGUUCAUUAGUCAACAAAGUCAAUGCCAGGCAGCCAGAGCCAGUGUCAAGUAGUCAAGUCAAGUCAAAUUUGGCAUUAGGAUUUAGGAUAGGACUAGGGCCAGGGGGAUUUAGGUUAGCUGAGCAAGGGUGGGUGGACACUGGCCAGAUUCAUUCAAGAAGAAGCAUAUAAGACGAAAACUUUAACUUACCUUUGGUUGUUUUAACAAUAAGUUAACGUUUUAAUAGCACUGAUCUGUAUACAACAGGUUGAUUAAGUUUUUCAAUAGUUUUAUAAAUUCUUUUAGGCCUAGGGCCUAUAGCAUAAUAUUCAAAUAAGUAAGUUAAUUGCACUCGGUACUAAAAGAAAAGUUAUCCCUCAAUGAUCAAAUCAAGUGCAUUAUUAUUUUAAUUUAGCCAUGGGACAAAGUCUAAGCCAAUUCACAGAAGAAGAGUUGCAAGAUUAUCAGGAUUUGACAUACUUUACAAAGAAAGAAGUAUUGUAUGCUCACCAGAAAUUCAAAGCACUUGCCCCUGAAAAAGUAGGACACAACAGGAAUGCCAAGUUACCAAUGGCCAAAGUUUUGCAAUAUCCAGAAUUGAAAGUGAAUCCCUUCGGCGACCGUAUUUGUCGAGUGUUUAGUUCGAGUCAUGAUGGGGAUUGUACUUUUGAAGACUUCCUGGACAUGAUGUCUGUGUUCAGUGAUGCUGCGCCUAAAGCUGUAAAAGCUGAGCACGCUUUUAGAAUUUUCGAUUUUGACGGAGACGACAUGUUGGGAGUGUCAGACCUGAGGCAUGUGAUAGAUCGGUUGACUGGGCCACAGCGACUGUCUGAAGUGGAUGUCCAGAUACUCAUACAGAACAUUUUGGACGAAGCGGACCUCGAUGAUGAUGGAGCCCUGUCAUUUGCUGAGUUUGAGCACAUUGUGGACAAGUCUCCUGACUUUGCCAAUGUUUUUCGCAUCCAACUUUGAGCAAUUAUUGUGAAGACAUCACAUGAAUUUUUCAUUCAACGCUUUAUUUGCCAAUCCAUUCUAGUCUGAAGAUGUGCUAAUCAGGUACCUAAUAGAUGUUUUUGUAUGUUAAAUACAUUUUGUUGCUUUAGUGAUCAUCUCAACAUCAUAAUUAUUAUUAAUUUUUACUAACCUAAAUUAACAAUGCCUUUAUAUUUAUUUAUUGUUGUUAUACUUAUGGAGAAAAGUCAAUAAAUUUUAUACCAUGU